AUGAGCUCUGAUUAUGAAAGCGAUUCCGAACAUCUAGAGUUUGUCUCAAACUUUUUUAAUCUCAUUUAAGCUAUUAAUAAUUGUAUUCUUUAUUAAUCAUUUCAAAGAUUGGAAACUUAAGGCAUAGCGAAAUAGAACUGCUAAAUUCAUAAAAAAUACCAAAGCGCGAAGAAGUAAUAAUUGUAAAACUAUUUAUUUUUAGAAGCUGGAUAAAUAAAUUUUAAAAUGCCAUAAAGCCUUGAUUAAAAUUUAUCAGAAAUAGUUUCCUUUAAUAAAAACUAAGCAGAGAAAUUAGUUAAGCCAAUGAGAAAUUAAACAAAAAAUUUAGAGAAUUCAUAAGUUGAGCCUUUCAUUUGCAACGUUCAUUAAAUACUAAGGUAAAUAACCUAUGAAUUAAUUAAGAGAUAUCAUGUUGAAAUAAUAGAUCUUAAGGAAUAUUUAAAAAUAAGUUUAUUUGAAUUUAAUUGAUUAACACAAUAAAAAGCCAUCUAAUUUGUAACUUAGAACAAGCUGUUUACAUGUGUAAAUUAAGUUAAUAUUAUCCUUUCUAGAUAUUUGGCAGAAAAAAUUUAUGCUGAUAAAAUAAAAGAUGUUGCAAUUAAUAAAACUACUCAUGAAACUCCAAAAAUUGUAAUCCCCUUAUUGAAAAAUAUAAUACAAACUAGAAAAGGAAGCAUGGAUUGA